AUGCCGUCGUUGCUUGGCCUUCCCUUGGAACUCCUGGUGCAGAUCGUACAAGGAACGAUCCCGGUGGAUUUUGAAGCCACCGCCCUCUCUUGUAAGACUCUCUUUGCUGCCAGUACCCCUUUCCGAGCGCAACAUGCUACCCGACGGAAACGGUUUCGAAACUUUGCAUUUUCGCGAAAAGUUGAAGAAAAACCAGAAGGGGCAGAGGAAUCUGACUCGGGCGAAUAUUGGGAUGAAAUCACCCAGGAAACAGGCAUCCGAAUCAUGACCACGCGGGAGCUGUUGGAACAUAUCGCUUUGGACCACUCUGUGGCGCAAUACAUACAAUCUAUUGACCUGAGGGGGUCCGCCCUGGAUACAGAUGAAGAGGAAGAUGAAGAUGUGAUAAACUCCCUGGAGGCCGAGGUACCUGAGACUCUAAGAAACUUGGUACUCACGUCGCCCUUCAUUGAAGCCGUAAAUGGGGAUCUCGAUGAUUGGAUUAGAGGAAUCCGAUGGUCCACAAUAUAUGCAGACGUCUUUCUCCUGACCUUGCUAUCGCAAGUGCGAAAGGUGGCUUUACACCCACGUUGGGAUGAACUGGAUCCUCUUAACAAGCGCCACACUUGGACCAACCAACGUCUUUGGCCGGUACUCGAACUGAUUACGCACCGGGCCAAUCACCUUGAGGAGUUUCCGGAUGCGCCAUUGUCCAUGCUCUCCGCCGUGCAGCCAUCUCGUGAUACCGGCUAUGAAGAGAAGUCCCCAUUGACACCAUUUGUGCCAUUCCUGGCAAUCAAUUCUGUGUCCGAAGUCUCCCUGCGCAGUUGCAUCUUCAAUGAUGACGGGUACACUGGAAUCGCGUUUGACCCGAUGGUUGGAUGCUACAGCACAAACCUACGGAAAUUGGCUUUAGAGUCAAGUGUGGCCGCCCCGGAGGAGCUAUCACAGUUACUCAAACGAAUUCCAAACUUGGAGAUAUUUGAGUUUUCUCACGAAACCAAGUGGCAUGGCUGCGGCUAUAACUGGAACAUCGGUGCAUUUCUGGACACAGUGCAGACUGUCUGCGGAACGACACUCAGGGAAUUGUCGGUGACAAUACUUAAUCAGUGGGGCAAUAAAGGAGCCACACUGAUGGAUAUGACUCGUUUUCGGAAAUUGGCCGUCCUUGAAUUGGACGUCGACAUGCUGUGCGGUCCAGCAUAUGAUCCCUCAAUGAGAGAUUCUGAAUGGGCUGAAUUUGACUCGGUUGGCAGUCAGGCCUGGCCCAAACUGACUGAUAUGUUGCCAACAUCCAUUGAAAGGUUCAACUUGUAUCUCAACACAUUCGGUGAUGACCAUCUAAGGUGCAUAUCUCAUUUAAUUGAGGGCCUUUCAGAUGCUCGGGCCACAAAACUGCCACAUCUAAACGAAUUGGGCCUUUUUGUGCGUAUGGAUUCAGACUCAACGAUUCCGGACGUGGCACUAAAGGAAUUGAAGGCUGCGAAGAGUAGUGGCUUUUCAAUCCUGGAGCUUGGGACGUCCACCAUCAUUUUAUAA